AUGCUGUCGUAUCAGGACAGUGCCCCCUCCAUCACGAGUAAAUCCACUCGCCAGAGCGUCUACCAGACCAACGGACAGCCGCUCAGCGAGGAGGCUAUCUACAGAGCCAAAUUGAAGUACGGAAUCUACAACAACCCGGCCAAGGUCAAUCUUGGUGUUGACCCUUCAGCUUCAGACACCGCCGCGCUGCUGGCCUCCUCUUCUGAUCUGUCUGUCCACCCUUACAAGAGAGAAUUGUCCGCAGAGGCUGCCACUGCCGCCCUAAUUGCAAAGACAGACUCUGCGCCAAGGGCAUGGAAGCGCAACAACUUUGCACCGGAAGCGGAAUACGCCGCCAUCAGUGCCAAGUCCCAGAAGUACCCGUUCUACGAAGAGGACGUGGACGGCGGCGACGCCGAGCUGUCGCAGGACGCGGCGUCGUCUGUGCUGCGCAAGCCUGCGUCCGCCACCGCCAAAUCGGCCCUUCAGGACGUGUACGACUUUGACGACGUGCGCUCCGGCCGCACCACCAUGAGCAACCUGCACGCCUCCUCAACCCCGGGUACCACCGUGCGCGGCGCUUAUGAGGCCGGCAAGGUGAUUGACAUCGGCCGCAUCCUCAAUAAGGCCACCGACUCGGCCACCAAGACCAUGAACUCCAGAGUCAACCCAGACCAGGACUUCCGCUCCGGUCUCACUACGGCCAAGGCGUACACCAGCGCAAACGGCGCGGUCGACAUUUCCAAGAUCACGUACUCGGCUAAGGAGAGCGCGCUCAAGAGCAUGUCGUCCAGACUCAACCCGAGCAGGGACGGACUGUACGGCAUUCCAACGGCGAGCGACAAUUUAAACAACGAGAAGUUUGCGUCGGUUGGUGCUCUGGCGUCGCUCAAUUUCGACCCGAGACAGGACUACGCGGCGGCCGAACGGGCGACGCUGGCGCGCAACUCGCUCAUUGACAACCGUGUGCUCAUCAAGGCCAUCAGCAACGCCAAUGCCACGCUCGACAAAAUCGACAACAAGGCUGUGCAGGACAAUAUGUUCGGCAACCGGGAGUGGAACCUCAAGGCCCUGCAAGUUGCGCAGGCGAACUUUGAGAAGCGCAAGAGCGACACGGGCGGCAAAAUCGAUGUUGGCGGUGGACUUUUGCUGAGCGUUGACGAGAUCAACCGCAUGGCGUCGUCGGUGGUGAGUCCGAUCCUGUCUGAUUUGGACGACAAGGUGGAGCAGCAGCGUCUGGCGAACUUGGCAGCGCAGCAGCGCAAAGCAGAGCUGAAACGGGCGCAGGCAGAGUUCUUUGCUGCUCAGAAACAGGCCAAGCUCGAUGCCAAGCAGAAACGCGAGGCUGAAAAAACCUCGCGUCGUCAGAAGCUCCAGGAAGAAAAGGACAAGCUGAAAGAGCAGCAGGCACAGAUGAAGGCCGAGCAGCAGGCCGCUCUGGACGCCAAGGAGCAGCAGUUCCGCGAGCAGAUCGAGCAGGAGGAGAAGAGCAAGCAGGAGGUGGACGCCGAGCGGAACGAGAAGCUGGCGGAGCUCCAGAAGGUGAAGGAUGCCAAAGACGCCGAGAGACAGGCCGAGCUGGAUGCAAUCCAGGCCGAGAAAGACCAAGAGGUGGCUCCGCUUGUGGAGGAGAGCGAGAAGGAGACUGCUGUGUGGAACGAGCUCAAGGCGAAGCGCGAGGAGGCCGACGCGUUUUUGGCAGAGCACAAGGGCCGCUACGAGACUGCUAGUGCGAAGUUGGAGUCGACUUUGAAGAAACUGGAGAAGAUCACCGCCAAGAUCGCCGAGGCUGAGGCUGCGCUUGCGGCCGCGUCGAGCGAGUCUGAGAAAGUGACCUCUGAGAGCGACCAGGUGCACGAGCAGGCCGAGAAGGAAUACGAGCAGAAAAAACGAGAGUACGACGAGUUUUUGGAAACAAGAUCGAAACUCACAGGCCAGAAAGACGAACUUGAGGCCCAGAGAAAGGGUCUUGUUGCUGAGUUGAAGGAUCUCAAAACGUCUCAGAAGGAGCAGGAGAAGAAUAUCAACUCGAGUCUGCCGGAGCAUCUGCAAAGGGAAAUCAGCAGCGACGUUUCCGACGAGGAGACGAUCGACCACUCCAAAUUCGAGCUCGACGACGCGUCGAUACCUGAGCCACCGGCAGUGGAGGUGGAGGAGCCAAAGAAGGAAGCAGUCGACUACGGGUUCACUGAGGAUGAUGAGCCGAAGCUGGUGAAGCCUACGGAGGAGCAGCCAGAGAAGCCAGAGGAGCCAGAGGAGCCAGAGGAGCCGGAGAAGCCGUUGGCGGAUGUGGCUGCCAGCCAGCCAGCUACAGUCGAAAAAUCUGCUGCUGUGGAUGAAAAACCAUCUAAGAAGGGCAAGGAGGGUCUGGGAAAACGGUUCCUCAAGUUUAUGACCCAAGAACCACCAAAGCCGAAGAAGAAGGUGAAGGCCUCUCCUAAGGCAGUUUCUAAGACCGCUCCGAAGGCGAAGGAGACCAAGAAAGAGACCACGGAGGAGGCGGGAGAUGCAUUCUCAAACUUCUCUCAGGGCUCAGAGGUUGCCGAGAGAUAG